UUUUUACAUUUAAGGGUUUAUCGCAUCACAGAAAGCAAACAUGCUAUGCUAGGGUUCUGAAAGCCCUUUCUAGAUUGCGCAACUCUCUCUAUUAGUAACUUUUUAGUUUCCGAGAUCUGACCGGAAACAAAGAAUGGCGUUAGCAUUCGAUGAAUUCGGAAGGCCAUUUAUAAUACUGAGAGAGCAAGAACAGAAGAGCAGAUUAAGAGGUCUCGAUGCUCAGAAAUCCAACAUUUCUGCAGGGAAAGCAGUAGCACGUAUAUUGCGCACAUCACUUGGUCCUAAAGGCAUGGAUAAAAUGCUUCAAAGCCCCGACGGCGAUGUCACCAUCACAAAUGAUGGUGCCACCAUCUUGGAGCAGAUGGAUGUCGACAAUCAGAUUGCAAAGUUGAUGGUCGAAUUGUCACGGAGUCAAGAUUAUGAAAUUGGCGAUGGAACCACUGGUGUUGUUGUCAUGGCUGGGGCACUUCUAGAACAAGCUGAGAAGUUGUUAGAACGUGGUAUUCAUCCUAUUCGAGUUGCAGAAGGGUAUGAAAUGGCUUCGAGGAUUGCAGUUGAGCAUUUGGAGCGUGUAGCACAUAAGUUUGAAUUCGGUCUGAAUGAUGUUGAGCCUUUGGUUCAAACUUGCAUGACUACUUUGUCAUCUAAGAUUGUGAACAGAUGCAAGCGGAGCAUGGCUGAAAUUGCUGUUAAAGCAGUUUUAGCAGUUGCUGAUUUAGAGAGGAAGGAUGUAAACCUGGACUUAAUCAAAGUUGAAGGAAAAGUUGGUGGAAAGUUGGAGGACACAGAGCUAAUUUAUGGUAUUAUAGUUGACAAAGAUAUGAGUCAUCCACAGAUGCCAAAGCAAAUUGAGGAUGCCAAAAUUGCAAUUUUGACAUGUCCUUUUGAGCCUCCUAAACCAAAGACCAAGCAUAAGGUUGACAUUGAUACUGUUGAAAAGUUUCAGAACUUACGGCAACAGGAGCAGAAGUACUUCGAUGACAUGGUUCAGAAAUGCAAGGAUGUUGGUGCCACCUUAGUUAUAUGCCAGUGGGGUUUUGACGAUGAAGCUAAUCACUUAUUAAUGCAUAGAAAUUUGCCUGCUGUUAGAUGGGUAGGUGGUGUGGAAUUGGAGCUGAUAGCAAUUGCCACAGGUGGGAGAAUAGUUCCAAGGUUUCAAGAGUUGACACCUGAAAAACUUGGCAAGGCUGGUAUUGUUCGGGAGAAAUCUUUCGGUACAACAAAGGAUAGAAUGAUUUACAUUGAGCAUUGUGCAAAUUCAAGAGCAGUAACUAUAUUCAUCCGUGGUGGCAACAAGAUGAUGAUAGAAGAGACGAAACGUAGUAUCCAUGAUGCUUUAUGUGUUGCUAGAAAUCUUAUUCGCAACAAUUCAAUUGUAUAUGGUGGUGGUUCAGCAGAAAUUUCUUGCUCAAUUGCUGUGGAAGCUGCUGCUGAUAAACACCCAGGAGUUGAACAGUAUGCCAUCAGGGCAUUUGCAGAUGCUUUGGAUUCUGUGCCCAUGGCACUUGCUGAGAACAGUGGUCUCCAGCCCAUCGAAACUCUAUCUGCUGUUAAGGCUCAGCAAAUUAAGGAGAACAAUCCUUGCUGUGGAAUAGAUUGUAAUGAUGUUGGCACAAAUGACAUGCGUGAGCAAAAUGUCUUCGAGACUCUAAUUGGAAAGCAACAACAGAUUUUGCUUGCAACUCAGGUUGUCAAGAUGAUCCUAAAGAUUGAUGAUGUGAUUUCUCCAUCUGAGUAUUGAUGUUAAGUACGGAAAUGCAAUUUUUUCUUCGCCCAAGAGAAGAUGAACGUUUUCCUUCUGGCUACACAAACCACAAGUUUUCUUGUGUUAAAUUUUCACCAUCUUAUGCUUUGGCUUCUGUAUUGUCUAUUUGAGUACAGUUUUGGUGGUUGAUGAAUUUAACUGGAUUGAUGCUCAGUUUCUGCCACAGUAUGCUCGAUCAAUAGAUUUUACCAAUUUAUCUCUGAAAGAA